AUGUCGGUUCAAACCCUCGUCGAGCGCUUCCAGGGGGUCCAUCCAUCCCCGGAGCCUGCCCCUAUCUUCAAAAUAGGCGGCAAAGGCACCGACAGCGACACUUCGAAGCACUCUCCAGCUGCGAUCGAAGUAGGAUACACUGUUCAAGUCAUACAGCACACCGACAUCGCGGGAACGGGCAUAUUUACAAGCGAGGUCUCUUCGGACUCUGUCCGCGAGAAUAUCGAAAACGAAGAAGCAUCGUCUUCGUACACGACGGAAGUUCACUCCUCCACCGCUGCUCUCGAAGCUACCGAGCCCAGUGUGGACGCCAAGAUCGAUAUCGACAACGAAGAAGACUGGUCUUCCGAAGACUCCUCUGACUCUGACGAGGAAGUCCAAAUGACCCCGGGCCCAUCCCCAUACAUGGAGCCUGCGGACCUCAUCGCGAUCCUGAACUGGAUGCGCAAAGGCGACCUGUUCAACAACACGAAUAAUCUACCACACGAGGUUGUCUAUCGUGGCACCGCUCCUGAAGCUGUUGAGACGGGCGACUUCUCACUCUGGAAGACUAUCUGCGAAGACCGACGAUGCCGCGUUCACUUCAAGGCGACUGACGGAGAGCGCCAAUACGACAUCGGGAGCUUCGAGUAG